GGGGACAGUUGGGAAGAGGGAGGGAGUGACAGAUUUUCAGAGAUAGCGCAUUGGCUGGGAUUAGGCUGCGCUCCAGGUUGGACAGGAUUACAGUGCGCUGUGUGUGUGCGUGCUGCGCGCACUGCUAUGGACUUCACCGCACGGCGUUUCACCGUUUGCGUGAACUGAUCGUCACCUGCGACCUGUCACCCCCCCUCCACCCACCUACUGAUCCUGGUGAGAAACCAUCUAUGUGGAAACAUGGCCGACGUCCCUCAGAUCGUCAAAAUUGGGAUUUCUCUGAAGAUGCUUCCCAACAACACCGCGGUGCACUUCAAGUCCGACGGUGCCAGGUUCGGACAGACCCGGACCAUCAAGCUGCUGACCGGGUCCAAGUAUAAAAUCGAUGUGGUCGUUAGACCAGGAGCUGUCGAGGCCACGUCGAUGAGUGUGGGUGGGGUGACCUUCCCCCUGGAGCAGCAGUCUAAAGACCCGCAGUCGGUGGUCUACACCGGCCAAUAUGACACCGAAGGGGUGGCGCACACCAAGAGUGGAGAGAGGCAACCAGUUCAGAUCAGCAUACAGUUCACAGAGGCAGGAAUGUUUGAAACCGUGUGGCAGGUGAAGUACUACAACUACAACAAGCGGGACCACUGCCAGUGGGGAAACAGCUUCAACAGCAUCGAGUACGAAUGCAAACCCAACGACACGCGCACACUCAUGUGGGUCAACAAGGAGAUGUUUGUCUGACGGAGGAACAGAUGGAAGAUUUCAAUGUGUACUCUACAAAAACACUCAAGGUUUGAUUUUUCUGACUGUCACGAUGAAAUGAAACAUCAUUUUCUAUUGCUUAUUUUGGGUUUUAUUAUAGUCUUUCUAUCAUUUACCAGUGUUAAAAAAAUCUACACUACACAAUCACGAGAUUUACAGCCAAAUGCAUGGCAGAGCGUAUAAAAUGCAGUUAUGUUGCCAGUCUUUUCACAGCGGUUUUGUUUGUUUAUGGUGAUUAAGCAAAAUGUGUCAAAAUGAACAUGGCACAUUGCACUGAGAUUAAAAUGAAACACCGAACACAUCGACUUUAAAAUGAUGCAGCGAGAGACUAAGAUUAAAUGAGGCAAACAAAAGAAAAAAAGUACAGCUUGUUUGCUGGAUUAAGUGUGUUCAGACUUAUGUGUAUGUACAAUACUGUGUGUACGUGAGCUACGUGUGUGUGUGUUUUAAUGGUGCUUGUACAGAUUUGUGAGUUUGAUUGCGAAAUGACUAUCAUAAGAUCUCCAGAUGUUCAUGUCAUGUUGACUCUUAGACAUAUAAGUAUAGUAAGUCAUGUUAACGUUUACCAAACUGUGUUGAAUAGAACGUUUCCCCUCUCAUCCAAGGCCAGUGUCCUUGCAUAAUUUUGAUUUCAUUGGCCCCAAGCAGAAUAUUUCCAAGCUGUCCUCAUAUGGGAAUUUGCCAUAACAUCUGCAGCGUCUACUGUUAAAGCUCUGGGGUGUGUUUUUAAAAUGGGCAACAGAGCAGGACUCUACACAUAUUAUUAACACAGGAAAAAGUAAUCGAGUAAUUUAACAGUGCUACAUGAAGUCAUGCUGGUGGUCUUUCCAUGCUUCCUCCUGACAGGCAGACGACUGCAUGGGAUAUUACAGAUGCCACAUAGAAAUUGACAGAUAUCGCAGACGUCCACCUCAUGACACUUUUCCACUUUGAAUUAAUCAAGUUGUGCACUUCACUCAGGCACCUUGAUGAAAUCUUUCCACAGGCUCUUCAAAGUGUACAGGUCAGCUCCUCUGCGGGCUUCAACGGAGCUGCUGAAAUCUCCUCAAAAAGCACAUUUUAGCCCAUAUCCGUUUACAAUGACACUGCAGUGCAGCUCCUCUGCGUCAGCGCCCUCUAAAUCAUGAAAUGACCCGUAAUCUUGUUGUCACACUUGUGCUGCAGCCUGCACCUUGACUGAUUUUGCAAUGUGUAGCUGUGUGCAUGUGUAUAAUUUGUGGUACUGGAAGUAGAAAUGUUGUAUUUGGGUGACCCCGUUUAAAGUGUGUCUCUACCUCUUGUGAAGGAUUUAGCCAUGAAUAUGUGUUUAUCAAAGAGAUUUGAUGUAUCAGAAAUAUUCACAACGUAAACGGUUAACGAUCGUCAUAAUUUAUAAUAACUAUGAUAUUUCUUUUUCUAUUUCUUGUGGUAAAUCAUAUUUUUAAAAUAUAGUAUUUUUGUACAGUGAACCAUUGGAAAUGUUUUCAUAUUAUCUGUGUGUAUUUUGGUAGAAAUUGAUAUUUAAUCGACCUAUGCAACAAAUCAGAGCAACAAAAUAAUGAAAUGGUGCAAUAUUGUGUUCAAAUUGACAUAUCAGUCUGACCUUUUUGUGAAUGUGUUGUUUAUUUAUAAUGUUAUUAAUAGUAAAAAUGGAAAAUCUUUUUUGCGUGACUGAUGUAUUGAUUCAACUGAUUCCU